AUGGAACUAUCCAAACAGGAACUUGAAUAUCCUCAGAAGCUGUUAAAUUAUAUGGAUGGAUUUCUCAUUUCUAAGACCAUGUUUGCUGCCUGUGAGCUGGGAGUAUUUGAUCUGCUGGAAAAUGAAGGGGCACUCCCUUCCAGUGCGGUUGCAGAGAAGCUUGGCACCAGUACUGAUGGCAUGGACAGACUCCUCACUGCUUGUGUUGGGCUACAGCUGUUACAAGUCAAAGAGCACCAAAGCGAGGUCUUGUACAGUAAUACGGAUCUGUCUCAAAUCUACCUGACCAAGGCAAGUCCCAGAACACUCUACUAUUCAAUGGCCUAUUAUUCACAGACUAUCUACCAUUGCUUUGCCUUCCUGAAUGAUGCUGUCAGGGAAGGGAAAAACCAGUAUGAGAGAGCAUUUGGUGUUUCUCCUAAGGACCUAUUUGAAACUGUCUAUAGAUCCGAGGAGGAAAUGCUGAAAUUCAUGCAGCUGAUGAAUUCAAUAUGGAAUAUUUGUGGAAAAGAUGUGGUCGUGGCCUUUGAUCUUUCAAUUUUUACCCACAUCGUAGAUCUUGGCGGAUGUACUGGUGCAAUAGCUAAGGAAUGUAUCUCUGCAUAUCCACAGUCAAGGGUGACCAUCUAUGACCUUCCUAAAGUCCUGGAAAUGGCAAGAAAUCACUUUGUGUCUCCACAUGAAAAACGGAUUACAUUUCAUGAAGGAGACUUCUUCAAAGACCCUAUACCUGAUGCUGACCUCUACAUUCUUGCCAGAAUCAUUCAUGACUGGACUGAGGACAAAUGCCUGAAGCUACUCAACAGGGUUAACAAAACUGGUAAACCAGGCAGUGGAGUACUGCUGAUUGAAGCAUUAUUGAAUGAGGACCGGACUGGCCCUGUCACUGCCCAAUUGUACUCUCUGAACAUGUUGGUACAGACAGAAGGGAAAGAACGAAUGGCCUCCGAGUACAUCAGCCUUCUGGAAUCGGCAGGAUUCAAGGAUGUGCAAGUCCAAAAGACAGGGAAAAUUUACGAUGUUAUCCUAGGGAGGAAGUAA